ACAUGGAGGGUUCUGGAGGGCUAUCCCCAGCACAAGUGGAGGAGUACAAGAAAAAUGGCUUUCUGGUCAUUGAAAACUUUUUCUCACUCGAAGAAGUGGAGGAAAUGAGAAAUGCCAUGUACGAUAUCGUGGAAAAAAUGAAUUUGGAAGAUCAUCCGAAAAGCAUCUUUACCACUGGAGAGAACCAAACGAAGUUUAGAGAUGACUACUUUAUGACAAGUGGAGACAAAAUCAGAUUUUUCUUUGAAGAAGGAGCUUUCAAUGACAAAGGUGAACUCAUCAAGGACAAGCAAAAAGCCAUAAACAAAGUUGGUCAUGCCCUUCAUGUGUGGAAUCCUGUCUUUAAAAAAAUGACAUUCAACAAGCGAAUUGAGGCUGUUGCCAAAUCAGCAGGAUUCAAACACCCUGUUGUCCCACAAAGCAUGUACAUUUUUAAACAACCAGGAAUUGGUGGUGAAGUCAACCCACAUCGAGACUCCACCUUCCUGUAUACAGAGCCACCCAGUGCUAUGGGAAUCUGGAUUCCACUUGAAGAUUGCACCAUGGAGAAUGGCUGUCUGCAGUUUGUUCCUCAGUCACAAAAUGAAGGAAUAAAGCUCCGUUUUAUACGCAACCCUGAGGCAGGGACCCCAACCAUCUUCACGGGACCUAAAGAAGAACCUAGAGAUGACAAUGACUACAAUCCUCAGUUGACCAAAAAAGGUUGUUUGGUGCUAAUUCAUGGAGCUGUUCUGCACAGAAGUUUUGCUAAUAAGUCUGAGAAGUCACGGCAUGCUUACACCUUUCAUAUUGUGGAACAAGAAAACACAGAAUACAGCAAAGAGAAUUGGUUGCAGCCCACACCAGAGGUACCAUUUCCCUCUCUAUAUACUGAGUAGAUGGUGAUUACAAACAUUUUGAACCAGAAGAGUCAAGCUGAUUCAAUACUCCAGUCACAUUUUAAUCUUACCUUAAUUUAUGAACAUCCAUUAAAUUAAAUGUAUAAACAUCCAUUAUCACAACAGAAAUGAAAAAGUCUGUGUUCUCUAAGGAAUUGUGUUCUGUUUCUUUUCCCUAUGUCUGAAGUUCAUUUCAUUACAAAAUUAUGGCACACAAGGGAAGUUUGUUUUGAGUGUGCUUUGAAAUAUUCCUUUCAAGACAUGCUCGAAAAAAAAAACUUUUGCAAAGUGCAAGAAACUUUGAUUUUGUAACAGUUUAUUGCAACAGGGGAUCAUGUUUUAGGAAAAAUUCUGAUAUUAGAUUUGGAAAACACUGUCUGGUCUUUUUAUCAAGGAUAGCAUUACGGUUAGCAGUUAUUUGGUUUUAGUACAAAAGAUCACAUCAAGACGCAAGCAGUUUAAGCACAGCUCUUUAAUUUGUCAUUUUACAAACUUUUAAAUCAUUUAGCUAAAUACAAUUACCGUGUAUUAAUUAUUUUUAGCCAAUGUAUCAUGUCAAAUGAUAUUUUUCACAGCAUAAAGCAAAAUUAUUUAUAAUCAUAUUGAAUUCAAUGCUUACAUAGCAAGAUUAGAAAUAAUCAAUUGUGAUCAAAAUAUAUAUGAAGACCUCUCAGUCCACUCAGCAGUAUAUAUUCCUAUAUAAUAAAAGUUUCAAUGAAGUCUAAAAACACUGGCUAGAUAUAGAAGCUCUUACUAACUCAAGACUUCAAACACUCCAAUUUUUUCUAACUUCUACAAAUUUUAAACUGUUGACAAUUAUGGUUUGCGGGUCGACACAUCAAACUGACUUUAAAUGAGCAUUUUCCUCUUUUUAUCUAUCACCUGAACAGGCCAUACUGAUUAACUUGCCCAAUUUAAUCCUUAAUACAAUGACCUAUGAUGAAAAAGCUGUUUUUGUUCAGAAUUGCUUCACAUUAGCAAGUUACAUAUUAAAUAUAAGUUUACUCUAACAAUGUUCUAUAAAAGAAAAUAUCCCAAUGAUGUGCAUGGCAUGUUCAGUUACAUGCCUGUCAGUUAUGGAAAUUAAACCUUAACCCUUUGAGUCACAAGAUCUGCUUGUUAACUCCCCCUCUUACUGCUACACAUUUCCUCAUAAAUCAGUAUAGAGAAUUUGAUGUUAGAUAACUAGAAGAUAACUUCUAUAUUAUGAGUUUGAGUAUUCUCAUUACUAGUUUAUUGGAUAAUGUAUGGAUAUUACAGGGAGAAGUUGCAUGUUAAUCAGCUCUAGGAGGUAGAGAGUUAACAGUGACUUACUGAGGGAUGUGAAAAUUACUUUGUUUACUCCUUGUUUUUGUAACUGAACUUAAUAUGUAGUGGUGCAAAACAAUACCAAAAUUAAAAUCAUGUAAACUGUCAAAAGUUUUUAGCAAGUAUUUAUAAAUAUUUUUAAAACUUUGAUAAAAACAAUGUAUCCACAAAAUGAAUAAAAUGCUGUUUAUCUGGCUAAUCAAGA